AUGACGUAUUACAACUCGGCAACGAACAACAGCAACCCUUUGCACAACAACCGCAUGCUAGGAAUGAAUGGAAACAACAACGCCAACAGCACCAGCAACAACAACAAUCUCAGUAGCAACAGCUCGAACAACAACAACCCUAGUAACAGAUCAUCAAACGCUAACAGCAGCAGCAGCAGUAGCAGCAACAACAACAGCCACUCGACCACGACAACAUCGUCGUCGACAUCUUCCAACAACAACAACACCUACAACCCAUUCCACCACAGGCAGUCCCUAUCGGCCACAAGCCCCCUUCCAUUAACCUACCCCCGCACGAACAACACCUCCACCCACCACCACCAACAACAGCAGCAGCAACAUCACCACCACCAACAACAACAACCACACCAACAACAACAACCAGCGUUCCAUCACCACCACCACCACCAUGACUUCAGAGAACAAUUCGGCGACCCUUCAAUCCUAGACCCACCCUCUCACCAUCACCACCCCCACCACCAUGCCAACCCGGAACUCUAUCUACCCCUUCAUCAAGCAUUCUCUCAUCUACAAUCUUACAAAGGAAUCUCAGACCUAGGACCGAACAAUCCGGCAAACUGUCUAUCCCCUCAAGAGACUUCCGCCAUGCUGUCCGUGGCCAACUUUCGGGACUACCUGAGUGCGG